UGAGGGGGAGCUGUGCGGAGUUGGGGGUGAGGGAGGAGAGGUGUACGGUUAUGGAUCUUGCAGAGUUAAAAGACAACCCCCGCGAAUGGUGGCCAGCAGAAAAGGUCGCCGAAGUCGUCAAGAAGCACGCAGAGGAAGUUCAAGCCGACGUCAUAAUAACGUUCGACUCCGGCGGCGUCUCAGGCCACCUCAACCACCGCUCCGUGCACCGGGGCCUCCAGCACCUCACCCGUUCCUACCCCGCCACAACCCCGCCCAUCUUCUCCUCCACCACCGUCUUCCUCCUGCGGAAAUACUCCUCCAUCUGGGACGUCACCCUCACCGCCCUCCCCUUCCUGCCUAACCUGAUCUUCAGCCCUCACAGCGAGAACGAGGACCGAGCCCUGUUUUUCGCGACGUGGAGUGAUUAUCGGGCGGCCAGGCGCGCGUUUGGGAAGCAUGCGAGUCAGAUGAGCUGGGAUAGACAUGUUUAUAUGGUGUUGAGUCGGUAUAUGAUGAUGAAUGAUCUGAGGCGGGUCAGGUAGUAGGGUGGAUGGGCUGGACCUCGUUCCCUGAUUUUACACAGCCCCAAUCACGAUGCGAUAUCUUAUUUACGAGCGUCAAUGCGUUUCAUGACUUAUAUCCACGAUGUCUCGCUAUGCACUACCGGGCUUGGUACUCGCCAUCAUCGCGCGAAAUCGGUCCGCGUCAAAUACCUUUGACGGCAUCGGUGCCGACUGGGUGCUUGUUGUGCCUCCCCUACUCCCCACCGUCCGCUCCCC